AUGUUAUACCUUGGCGUCGAAAAAUGGGCAUUGAUUCUCCUUCUCAUUCCUCUAGUAAUUUGGGCAGGUUAUAACCUGUUGGAAUGGUGGUCUGAAGAUGACACGUCUUCUGUGAGCCUCCUCUCCUCCCUUUCCUCUAUCUGGGACGUCGUAACCUCCUGGCUCUUGGACCUCUGGGCCUGGUUUGAUGGAAGCUGGCUGUGGGCCCCUUGGACCUCAGUGGCAGCCUGGCUGCAAACCUCAGAGGAUCCUAUCACAGAGGACCAACCAGUGGAUUAUUCCACUGAGGCUGGGAUAGAAGUGGACUGGAAUGCUGCAUUGACUUGGCCUUUUACCACAGCAUCUGCUUUCUUCUCAAGCGCUGGAGAUUAUUUGGGAACUGCAGCCUCCUAUCUUGGAGAUACAGUUGUUGUUGUAUUCUCUGCUGCUGGAAGCUUCCUGUCUACGGUGGUUGCGUGGGUGGUUGACUGUUUGUUGGCCGUACCUGCGCUUCUGUCAUCGGUUCUUGCAUUCCUUGCAUAUCCCUUCAAGUCGAUGAAGUGGGACUAUACUGCACCAGUGGACUAUACUGUGCCCGUGCCAUCAGCUCCGUACUCUACUGGUUCGCCAGAGCCUGAUGCCAGUCUGGACCGUCUGCUAGGGGACAGGCAGGCCCUGGCAGGUCUGGUCCGACACUUGCUAGCUAGUGAGGAGUUUGCUAGGGCUCUGGAUCAGCGACAAGUGGAAUCAUCACUUCACAAGAUCCAACUUGAGUUCAGCAAAGUUAGAGAAGAGUUGAGUGACAGAAUUUCAACUGAAGAGAGCUCAGUUGAAACAAAAAUGGACUCUUUGAAACAACAAAUUCAGGAACUACAGAUGGCACUGCUAGCACACAAAACACUGGUCUCGGAGCAAGCAGCUCUUGGCAACAGGCUGGAGGCCAGGGUCACCUCUACUGAGCAGCUUCAUAUGCGAGAGGGCGAAGAGCAGGCAAAGUUGAAGGAGCAAAUCCUUCUGGAGGUCGCCAAAGUUAGAGAUGAAAUUACAGAACAGUUUAUGAAUAUUCAGUCAAACCAGAAACUGGCCACAGACUCAGGGACGCCACCAUUACUGCCCAACCGAACAGAAUUGGAAGCCUUCAUCAAUUCCACUGUAGAGAAGCUGUUGGCCGUCUAUGAUGCAGAUAAGAUCGGCAAGGUGGACUAUGCCUUAGCUUCAUCAGGAGGUUCUGUGCUAAGUGUACGGUGUACUGAAACAUUCUCGAAGAAAAACGCACAGUACUACAUGUGGGGCUACCCUCUGUGGAGCAAGGCGGCCAAUGACCCCAGGAUAGCUCUUGAG